CGGGAGGCGCCGCGGAGAUCCCGGGGCGGCCGAGGGCCCCUGACUGUGUUCACCCAGGCGACAUGGACCGGAUGGCCAGCUCCAUGAAGCAGGUCCCCAACCCGCUGCCCAAAGUGUUGAGCCGGCGCGGGGUUGGUGCUGGGAUGGAGGCUGCGGAGCGCGAGAGCUUCGAGCGGACUCAGACUGUCAGCGUCAAUAAGGCCAUUAAUACGCAGGAAGUGGCCGUGAAGGAAAAACAUGCCAGGACGUGCAUCCUGGGCACCCACCACGAGAAAGGGGCACAGACCUUUUGGUCCGUGGUCAACCGACUGCCUCUCUCCAGCAACGCCAUGCUCUGCUGGAAGUUCUGCCACGUAUUCCACAAACUCCUCCGAGACGGACAUCCAAACGUGCUAAAAGACUCUCUGAGAUACAAAAAUGAAUUAAGCGACAUGAGCAGGAUGUGGGGCCACCUGAGCGAGGGCUACGGACAGCUGUGCAGCGUCUACCUCAAACUGCUGAGAACAAGGAUGGAGUACCACACCAAGAAUCCCAGGUUCCCGGGCAACCUUCAGAUGAGUGACAGGCAGCUGGAUGAGGCUGGCGAAAGUGACGUUAACAACUUUUUUCAGCUCACCGUGGAGAUGUUUGAUUAUCUGGAGUGUGAACUGAACCUCUUCCAAACUGUGUUCAACUCCUUGGACAUGUCCCGCUCUGUGUCUGUGACCACAGCUGGGCAGUGUCGCCUCGCACCACUUAUCCAGGUCAUCUUGGACUGCAGUCACCUCUAUGACUACACUGUCAAGUUGCUCUUCAAGCUCCACUCCUGUCUUCCAGCUGACACCCUGCAGGGCCACCGAGACCGUUUCAUGGAGCAGUUCACAAAGUUGAAAGAUCUCUUCCAGCGCUCCAGCAACCUCCAGUACUUCAAGCGGCUCAUUCAGAUCCCCCAGUUGCCUGAGAAUCCACCCAACUUCCUUCGCGCCUCAGCGCUGUCAGAGCACAUCAGUCCUGUGGUAGUGAUCCCAGCCGAGGUGUCGUCUCCAGACAGUGAGCCUGUCCUAGAGAAAGAUGACCUCAUGGACAUGGAUGCCUCCCAGCAGAAUUUGUUUGACAACAAGUUUGACGACAUCUUCGGCAGCUCAUCGAGCAGCGACCCCUUCAAUUUCAACAAUCAAAAUGGUGUGAACAAGGACGAGAAGGACCACUUGAUUGAACGCCUGUACAGAGAGAUCAGUGGACUGACAGGACAGCUAGACAGCGUGAAGACUGAGAGCCAGCGGGCCAUGCUACAGCUGAAGGGCCGAGUGAGUGAGCUGGAGGCAGAGCUGGCGGAGCAGCGGCACUUGGGGCGGCAAGCUACAGAUGACUGUGAGUUCCUGCGCACGGAGCUGGAGGAGCUGAAGAGGCAGCGAGAGGACACGGAGAAGGCGCAGCGCAGCCUGACGGAGAUAGAAAGAAAGGCCCAGGCCAAUGAACAGCGGUAUAGCAAGCUAAAAGAGAAGUACAGUGAACUGGUUCAGAACCAUGCUGACCUGCUUCGGAAGAAUGCAGAGGUGACCAAGCAGGUGUCCUUGGCCAGGCAAGCCCAGGCGGAUUUGGAAAGGGAGAAGAAAGAACUAGCGGAUUCCUUUGCACAUGUAAAUGACCAGGCCCAGCGGAAGACUCAAGAGCAGCAGGAUGUACUCGAGAACCUGAAGCAGGAGCUAGCCACCAGCAGACAAGAGCUGCAGGCCCUGCACAGCAGUCUGGAAAGCUCUGCCCGGUCAGAAGCCAAGUGGCUGGCCCAGAUCUCCGAACUGGAGAAGGACCAGGGUGGCCUGCUGACUGCCGCAGCUCAGAGAGAGGAAGAGUUAUCAGCCCUCCGAGACCAGCUGGACAGCACCCAGCUCAAGCUGGCCAGUGCCCAGGAAGCCAUGCACCAGCAGGUAAAGGCCCAGAGAGAGACCCUCUUGACAGCGACCAGGAAGGCUGCCGAGCGUGAGAUACAGGAGGCGCUGGGCCAGCUGGAAGAGCCUGCCAUCAUCAGCUGCGCAGGGUCCACAGAUCACCUUCUCUCCAAAGUCAAGUCUGUUUUCAGCUGCCUGGAACAACUAGAAAAGAACCGCAGCCGGUACCUGGCAUGCCCAGAAGAUAUCGGUGACCUUCUGCACUCAGUAACCCUGCUCGCCCACUUGACCAGUGACACCAUCAUUCAGGGGAGUACUACCAGCCUCCGGGCCCCACCAGAGCCAGCCGACUCUCUGACAGAGGCCUGUAGGCAGUGUGGCAGGGAAGCCCUGGCCUAUCUGUCCUCCCUCGAGGAAGGAGCCAUGGAGAGAGCUGACGGCACAGGCCUGAGGAACUGCCUGAACAGGAUCAAGGCCAUUGGCGAGGAACUGUUGCCCAGAGGCCUGGACAUCAAGCAAGAAGAGCUUGGUGACCUGGUGGACAAGGAGAUGGCUGCCACUUCAGCUGCCAUUGAAGCUGCCACCACCCGGAUAGAAGAAAUACUCAGUAAAUCCCGAGCAGGAGACACGGGGGUCAAGUUGGAGGUGAACGAAAGGAUCCUUGGUUCCUGUACCAGCCUGAUGCAAGCCAUCAAGGUCCUCGUUGUGGCCUCCAAGGACCUCCAGAAGGAGAUCGUGGAGAGUGGCAGGGGCACUGCAUCCCCUAAAGAAUUUUACGCGAAGAACUCCCGGUGGACAGAAGGGCUUAUAUCUGCCUCCAAAGCUGUUGGUUGGGGAGCAACCAUCAUGGUGGAUGCUGCUGAUCUUGUGGUCCAAGGCAAAGGGAAGUUUGAGGAACUGAUGGUAUGCUCACAUGAGAUUGCUGCCAGCACAGCACAGCUUGUGGCUGGAUCCAAGGUGAAAGCUAACAAGGACAGCCUCAAUCUGACCCAGCUGCAGCAGGCCUCUCGGGGAGUGAACCAGGCCACAGCCGCUGUGGUGGCCUCUACCAUUUCCGGCAAAUCUCAGAUUGAGGAGACAGAUAGUAUGGACUUCUCAAGCAUGACACUGACCCAGAUCAAGCGCCAGGAGAUGGAUUCCCAGGUUAGGGUGCUAGAGCUGGAAAACGACCUUCAGAAGGAGCGGCAGAAGCUGGGAGAGCUCCGGAAGAAACACUACGAGCUGGCCGGCGUCGCCGAGGGCUGGGAAGAAGGGACAGAAGCAUCACCUUCUACUGUUCAAGAAGCAAUACCCGAAAAAGAAUAGAGCCAAGCCAACGUCCAAUGCAUCAGAGUGUAAAUCCUUGUUCCCCUUCUGUUUGUGCUGAUCCCACCAUGGCACUCCAGGUCCCUUGCAGACCUCUCCAUUGACAAAAGCUGAAGGCCGUCAUGUUUCCUCGUGCAUGAUGAGUUCUUCCCGUGUCCCUGGCAUAAGGCAGACCAGGGUCGGCCCUGAGCAAGCUCAGAUCCACAGAAAAACAGCAACAUGGCCAUCCUGCCUUGCCUAAUAUCCACUUCUCACCAGUCGUGUCCCCCUUAAGAGAGGAUUCUUGUCAUUGUCUUGUCACGGGAACUUGGAGAGGGGACAUCUUACACCUGUUCUUUUUUUCCCCCCUCCUCAGUCUUUUGCAUUUUGUCAUUUGCACAAACUUGUGAGCAUCUGGACUCCGUUGGAUUCCAAACCAGACCGCUGCCUGAAUCCAUGGCCAGAAGGACAGCCGGCCUGGCCAGUAACACCAAAGCAACGGUUCUUCCCGCCACACCACACUUUUGGCAGUUGGAUGGAUUCCUUCCUGCUUAUCAUUAGGUGGCCAAUCGGCUCUUUUGGUUUCCUGUUUCGAAAGUUUCACACAGCCAACCUUCCCAAGAAGGGUUCCAACCCUCCGCCCCACCCUGAGCUCUGAGCCUUCUGAGAAGGAAAGCCCCCACACACACCAUGGUGCGGCUCAGGCUAUGCCGUGGUGCUCCAGCUCAGCCCUGUGUCAGCCAAGGCUACCCCACAGGGUAACAAUUCUCCUUGGAAGUCUGAAGCAGAGCUAGUGCCUUUACUUUCUGACCCUGAUGCCAGCCCAAGGCCUCUUUCCACCUUUACAAGCCAGGGAGCACCAGAGUUUAAAAUAAAAGAAGAAGAAAAAGAAAAACUACAGGGGUGCAGCUGUUCAGGAGGCAGAUUUCUUAGGAGCUCCCGUGAGCAGGUUCACCUCCUGUCACAUGCUGGAAUGGAGCUGGUGUGAACAGCAACACUACAUCCCCCGAGCAAAGUUCCUGUGCCAUGUCACUGAGGUCACCUCUCGUCAAACCUAGGCAAGGCCCUAAGAGGGACAAAUAUAAAGGACCAGAAGUGGGGCCUUCCCCUGCUGGCCUGCUUCUGCAUCCUAUUGAACCAGAAAGAGAUGGUUCUGUGUGCUACUUAUCUGACAGACCCACUUGCUUCCAUCAGGAAAAGGCCUCUGCUCGGUGUAGGACUCUUUGUAUGUAUUUAUUACUAACAAUCUUCACACAGUGUCUGCCCCAGAGAUGCUUGGGGCAAUUAGGACCGAGGCUGACUGACCAGGCUUGCCCUCUGCCAUCAUUCUUCACAAAUCAUGCACAAGGUUAAAGGGCCAAACCCUGGUCAUUUCCAGGCUCGGAUUCCCAAAGGAGGCCAGUUCCUCAAAGCACCGAGGAGCAGGGAAAAGGAGAAAGGGACCAUUGGCACUGUACCCACUGUACCCACCACCACCCACCCACUCUUGCUCCUGUGCAGACAGGGUGGGCACACACAGAGGGCAUCCCACCUAGACACAAGAAACCAGAUGGCACUUUGCAACUCCCAGAUGGACCCCCUGAAUUAAGUGACCUUCUGAUCUGUAGGGUGGGACAGACAGAUGGCUUCUUCCUUCUUUAUCUCUAGUGAAUGCAUAGGCGGCAGCCAGCGGGCAGUUCCUUGAGCCUGUCCCCACUGGGGCAUGGUUCAGCAUUGCUGGGUAAUGGGUUGUGAGACUAAUGUUUGAUCACUGUGAAUUAACCCCCCUUUUCCUGCUACACCCACCUCCACUCUGUCCCCAGGUGUUUUCUCAGUGGGCACUCCAAAAACUCCCAGAAACCCAGAUGACUGCUGAGACAUGUGACCUUCACAUUGGGCAAAAGGAGUUAGUUAGUUAUUGGGAGCAGAAGCGGCCCAUUCUGAUACCAGAAGACUGUAUCUCUGCUUAGAGUUUCUUGAGUCCAAGGACCAGAACAAGCAAUGUGUGGCAUUGUUGGCCCAUUUGUGCCAAUCAAGCCAACCCACGUGAUCACUAUAGGUCAGCUGUUCCAAAAGUAACUAGGUAGCCCUUGCUUUUAGGGUCAGUAGAUCAGGACUCUGAAUGAAUAACACACCUGUCUGGAAAGCCAUCGUCAUUUUAAAAACCUUAGUGAACUCUGGGUCCUCCCUACCUGCUUGAUGUCCCAUCAGUACUUUGUAGUAACUCAAGUCAGAAACUGCCUUUUUCUAGCCAGGCUUGCUAGUGCAUGCCUGUCAUCUGGGCACUCGGGAGACUGAAGCAGGACAGUCUUGGAUAUAAGUGGUCUUUGGAGACAGGGUCUUACUGCAUAGCCCUGGCUGGCCUCUUCAAACUAGCUUUGUACACCUCAUUGUCCUUGAACUCAAAGAGAUUUCCUCUGCCUCCCGAAUGCUGGGUUUAAAGGUGUGAGCCAUUUCACCCAACUUAGGCCAUAAUUUAUUGGCUCUGCUGUUACCUAAACAUGAGUCUUUAACUCAGUGGUUGGACAAACCAAACUCUGAAAAUCCCUAUAGCUCAAAAGGAGACACACAGCCUUUUAUAGCCUGAGGCUCCUUAGACUAAAGUGUGCUGCAGGGGUGUAGCCAGACCCUCAAGACAGGGAACUGAGGGGCCAGAGAGAGGCUGGCAUUUAAGAGCACUUCCUCUCUUCCAGAGGACCCAAGUUUUGUUCCCAGUGCCCACAUCAUGUGGCCUGCAACUGCCUCUAACUCCAGCUCCAAGGGAUCCGAUGCCCUCCACUGGUGGCAUGCAGUCAUGUGGAUACAUGACUUUUAAGUGAAAAUAAUUCUUAAAAAGUACUUCUUUUUAAAGACAGAAGAUUGACAAAAUAAUGGCUGAGGGUGGGGUGAAGAGGAAGCUCAUGUCCAGUCGUGUCUCAUAUUUAACGGUAUUGCAGUCUUCCGGUCAUCGAGAUUAAGCACAUGUAUGCCUUUGUGGGGUCAGGUCAUAGCUGAGCAAGGAGUUUAUUAACUAUACCAGGCUUGUCAGUGCACACCUGUACUCCCAGCAUUUGGGAAUUGGAGGCAGAAGGGUUGUGAGUUCAAGUCUAGCCUGGAUUAUAUUCUGAGACCUUAUCUCAAAAAAAAAAAAGACUAAUGUAAAUGGCUUGUUGAUUGUACUCACCACAUCACUAUUUCUAGAGUCCCGUGUGUUUAAACCCUUAGCCCAGUAGCUCGGAGGACCAGACACCUCCAGGGCACCUUUUCUUAGAACUGGUGUGGAUGCCGAGUCAGGCACCAGGGUUUGUGCCAGGUAACCUGAGGUCACAAGUAUUUGUCAUUCUGGUCACAUUACUGUGAUGUGACCUCUCAUCUUAGGAGGAGUUGGUCCUCAUCUUCUGUCUAGGGAAGUUUUUACUUAGUCAUCAGCUUGGUUGUAGAAGGGUCUCUGGCACUGUUUGACCCUAGUUUUUAAUAGAUGGCAAAUGUGCUACUCUGUAUUAUUGCCUUUCUGUAUCUCUGGGAACCUUGCUGGAAAAGCAAGUCUUUGGGCCCAACACUAACUGCCAAUUAGAAUGGCUUUGCCCUCCCGGCCAUCUUGGAACCUUCUUAAUGGCCUUCAAACCAGAGUGGGCAUUGCCUUCUCUCCACCAUCUUUGAGCAUCCUCCAUGUUGGCAUCCAACAAGAAUGAGCUUUGCCUGCUCUUCCUGAUCUUGGAGUCUCCAUACCUUCCAAGCAGAACAGCUUUGCCCUCUCUGCCAUCUUGGAUCCUCCAUAUUAGCCUUCCAGCCAGAGUGGCGGUUCUCAGAGACUGUGCUGUCUGUAACAUUGGAAACCACUACCGCACUUGUCAGCCCUCAACAGUGGUCCAGAACAGCUAUCUGCCACCCUGGCUCCCAUGUCCAGGCCAAAUGCAGGACCACCAAACAUAGUGGUAGAGUGCCUCCUCUCCCAGGAGCCAACGCCACAAAUGCUUGAUUAGACAUGACUGGAUCCAGGUGUGAGCAUAGAACCUUCUAGACACGUGUUUCAGGUGCCCCUCAACUACCUCAGGUUUGAAGACCCUAACUGAUUACCAUUCUAGGGACAAACCGAGGAAUCCGGUUGGAUCUUGGUGAUAACCUAAAUAUCUUAAGCUUAUAACAGACUCUCAGACAUGCAGGGAUGGGGUUGGUUUUCGAUUGUUUAUGCCCUCUCCCUUACAUUUUUAACCUUUUCCACCAUUUUCCAUUAGAAUAGUCCCUCUAAGUAAAUUUCACUUUUCACUGUGUGCCUACCUUCCCAGGGCAGGUAGCUACCGGCUCUUGUUUCCUCCCAACAACUUUUAUUAUGGAAUGAAGACCUUUCUUUGUAUAAUGCAUUGCAUUUGUGUUUUUAAUUUUUCCAAUAAAUAUGUCAGCCUGG